GAGAGCAGCAGAGUGUUGGUGGACGACGCAGUCUCUCUCUUGAGUAGCAGAGAAACGGACCGACGAGACUUGAGCUCCGAUCUGAGCUGGAUACACUCACACAGCAGCGGAGAGCUCACAGAAGCGCUGCGUAAAGACGCGCGUAAAGACCUCAGAUCAACCAAGAGGACACGUUUUAUUUAUUGAUCACACUAUCAUUCUCUUUCUGUCGCCACAAAGGGAUCUUUUCAAACGUUUUCACCUCGCUCCGUGUUUGGUUUUCUUCCUCUUCGUGGAUUUAGCCCUCUGAGCCGCGGUGGACUUUGCCCAGGAGGGAUCGCAGCUCCUUCCCCCGGUCACCAGCAGAGCCCGACAGCUGUCGUUCAUGUUUCAGGGGGCUGUUUUUGAUGGAUUUAUAAGCUCGACUUGUUUUUCAGUCGGAUACACAGCACUAAAGAGCCGCUCACAGACUGCUUUUUGGAAAGGAUACAGCGGCGACACCACAGCUCCAAAUGAGGAUUUCAAUAUUGAGUCAUAUCGACCGGGACAAGGAGUGAUUUCCCCCCUGGUGCCAGUCAUCCCUGCGCGGACACACCGGUAGAAAAGGGUCCAGAUUUAGAGACUUUGUGGGUUUUCUGAAGUUUCCAAUGCCAGGGGCCGGAGUGUAAGGCCAACUCCAGGCUUACAUUUCUACCUUUUAACCAAAAGACACACAAAAAGAUGGCGAGGAUCUGCACACUCUGCAUUCUGCUACUCUGUUUGAUGCACAGAGUGUCAGCCAGGGCUUUGGAUGAAGGAAGGACUAAAGAUCUCCGGGUCCCCAGGCCUCUGAUCUUGCCAGGUUACCCAGAAAACACCACAGGAGUGGUGGGUGGUCAGGCCAAGCUGGUGUGUAAAGUUCACCGGCCAGCGUCCACCAAGGUGCAGUGGCUGAAGACGGAGGUCAGCGAGGGGGGAAUGCCUCGCCUCAGGGCUCUGACGGCCCUGCAGAGCAACGCGUCCAAGGUGAACACUUUGCAUCUGUCCAACAUCACUCUGGAGGAUGCAGGAGAGUACAUCUGCAUGGCUGAGAGCACCCACGCAGGACAGACGCUACAAGCCAUGCAGUCAGCGUGGCUGGAGGUCCUGCCUGGUACCAUAAUUUCUCAGACUGUGGAGCUGAGUGCUGCUGACAUCCCAUCAGAUGUUCUUGAGGACCUGAGUGAGGACACGACAGAACAUCUCCUGCUGGAGCCGGGGAACGUCCUCAAACUGCGCUGCGAUACAAGAACUCGGCCCGGUAUGGCGGUGAACUGGUACAAGGAGGGCAUUCGGGUUCUGCCCACGCCCCGCAUCCAGAUCCGUGGCACCAUCAUGGAGAUCACAGACGUAACAUACGAGGACUCUGGUGUUUAUGUUUGUGUUCUACGGGGAACCAAAGGGCCUGUGAGGAACUUCACCAUCACUGUGGCAGACUCGCUGGGGUCGGGGGACGAUGAUGAGGAUAAUGGCUUGGAGGACUCGUCGGCUGAGGUUGAGAAUGACCAGGUUUACUUCUCCAGAGGUCCCUACUGGACCUACCCCCAGCGUAUGGAGAAGAAUCUGUAUGCUGUCCCUGCAGGCAACACAGUGAAGUUUCGUUGCCCGGCCAUGGGCAGCCCCAUGCCCAGCAUCCGCUGGCUCAAAAACGGACGGGAAUUUCGAGGAGAUCACCGCAUCGGGGGCAUCAAGCUGAGACACCAGCAUUGGAGCCUGGUAAUGGAGAGUGUGGUGCCUUCAGACAGAGGAAACUACACCUGUGUGGUGGAGAACAAAUACGGCUCCAUCGCUCACAGCUACGUUCUCGAUGUCCUGGAGCGUUCCCCACACAGGCCCAUCCUGCAGGCCGGUCUGCCAGCCAACACCACAGCAGUGGUGGGCAGCGACGUCCAGUUCCACUGCAGGGUCUACAGUGACGCCCAGCCUCACAUCCAAUGGCUCAAACACAUUGAAAGGAACGGCAGCCGAUACGGGGAUGAUGGGACGCCCUACGUUCAGGUCCUUAAGACUGGCAGUCUGAACAUGUCCGAGGUGGAGGUGCUCUACCUGUCCAAAGUGACCAUGGAGGAUGCAGGAGAGUACACCUGUCUGGCUGGAAAUUCAAUCGGUUAUGCGCACCAGUCUGCCUGGCUCACUGUCAUCUCAGAGGAGGAAGCAGCAGUGUCUAUGGACACCAUGGAGACCAAGUACACUGACAUCAUCAUCUACGCCUGUGGCUUCCUGGCUCUGAUCAUGGCCAUAGUCAUCGUGGUGUUGUGUCGGAUGCAGGUCCACCCCAGUAGGGAGCCUUUCGACGCCCUCCCUGUCCAGAAGCUCUCCAAGUUCCCUCUUCGUAGACAGUAUUCAGUGGAGUCUAACUCGUCAGGGAAGUCCAGUGCGUCACUGAUGAGGGUGGCUCGCCUCUCGUCCAGCUGCUCUCCCAUGCUGGCUGGAGUCAUGGAGUUUGAGUUGCCUUACGACCCAGAAUGGGAGUUCCCGAGAGAGAAUUUAACGCUGGGCAAACCUCUAGGGGAAGGCUGCUUCGGUCAGGUGGUCCGAGCCGAGGCCUACGGCAUCAACAAGGACACCCCGGACCCCGCCUCCAUUGUGGCUGUUAAGAUGCUCAAAGAUGAUGCCACAGACAAAGAUCUUGCAGACCUCAUCUCGGAGAUGGAGCUGAUGAAGGUCAUGGACAAACACAAGAACAUCAUCAACCUGCUUGGAGUCUGCACACAGGAUGGUCCUCUGUAUGUGCUGGUGGAGUACGCCUCCAAAGGCAGUCUGAGGGAGUAUCUGCGGGCCCGGAGACCCCCAGGCAUGGACUACACCUUUGAUGUGACCAAGGUGCCUGAAGAGCAGCUCACCUUCAAAGACCUGCUGUCCUGUGCCUACCAGGUGGCCAGAGGGAUGGAGUACCUGGCUUCUAAAAGGUGCAUCCACAGAGAUCUGGCAGCCAGAAAUGUUCUGGUAACGGAGGACAACGUGAUGAAGAUUGCUGACUUUGGCCUGGCCAGAGGAGUCCACCAGAUUGACUACUACAAGAAAACCACCAAUGGACGGCUGCCAGUCAAGUGGAUGGCACCAGAAGCUUUGUUUGACAGAGUCUACACACACCAGAGCGACGUGUGGUCGUUUGGCGUCCUGAUGUGGGAGAUCUUCACACUGGGUGGCUCACCGUACCCUGGGAUCCCUGUUGAGGAGCUUUUCAAGCUGCUGAAGGAGGGACACCGCAUGGACAAACCCUCCAACUGCACACAUGACCUCUACAUGAUGAUGCGUGAGUGCUGGCAUGCUGUUCCCACCCAGAGGCCGACCUUCAAACAGCUGGUGGAGGAGCUGGACAAAGCGCUGCUGUCCAUCUCUGACGAGUACUUGGACCUGUCGACCCCCUUCGAGCAGUACUCCCCGUCUUGUGAGGACACGUCCAGUUCCUGCUCCUCCGACAACGACUCUGUUUUUACCCACGAUGCCUUGUCCACCGACCCCUGCCUGCUGGGCUACCAGGACGUGCGCCGGAUAGACAUAAAGACGGCGCUCCGAUAAACUCUCAACUGAAGGCACCCACACAUGUAACACAUCCACUGGCAGCCAUAUUGGAGGUCCGCCGCUGCAUUUCUGAAGUUAACUUAAAGUCUAUAUACAUGAAGUUUUCCACUGGACCUCCAUUAUGGCACCAGAAGAAGCCUUUAGAUAUAGCUGGGCAUUUAUACACACAUAAAAACACAUGUAUGCACGCGGAGCACUGAGGCCGCUGGGCUUCAUCACAUGGUGAACAUUUGAAGAAAAACAUUUCAUCGUGGAGGACACAACAUGUGGUACUGUGGACUAUCAGCUCUGCCACUGUGCCCACGAACAGCUGUAAAACUGCGGCACUAAACACCACAGAAGAAGAAACCUGGUACUCUUAACUCCUCAAAAUGCGAUCCACUCUCCCUCAAGAGAGGUGACAGACAGUGAUCUCCUCACACAACCCAAACCAAGGCGACAAACCUUGGUGAUAAAGACAUUUUUAACAUAAAAAAAGAUUUAUUUUGCUAUGA